AUGGAUAGCAAUAUGAAAUCAUUCCAUCAGAGUGCUGAUAAAUCAUCGAAUUCAGAUUUGAAAGUUUCAUCUUCCAAUAAUCCAGAGAGGAGCAGUUUUGUGGAAUCUAAACAGUCAGACACAUACUCUGAUUCAGAUUCUAAAAGAGAUCAAUCUGAAUAACAAGAGAAGAAACCCAAAUAGAAGAAAGGUUUGAAAGAAGAGGACUUGGAAGAGAAUAUCCCUAUUAAUUUAAGUGAAACUCCAACUCAAUGUUUAAUGUUUAUACCAUCCUCAUUUGUGAAUAGUGAGUAAGGCAAGAAAACUGGUUAGAUUCAAAGAACCCAAUAAUAUGAAUAAUUCAUCAUUGAGAAAAUUGGAAGUGACAAUUUUCACAAAGAGGUUUGCUUAAACUUUCAAUUACAUACAAAAACAUAAGAUACAAAUGACACUGGAGCAUUUACAGCAGUUUGGGAUUUGUAUGAUGCUUCAAUAACUGAUCAAUUGAAUGAAUUCGAAAUAUUACAAGAAGAGAUCAAGUCAAGCAUUGAGAAUGAGUAUAAAUAAUUGAAUAAGAACCCUUAUUUCUUAUUGCCUACAGAAUUGGAAGCAAUUAAAAUACAUGCUGAAAGACCUGUAAAACAAGAAGUGGAAUUGCAGCCCAAUACUAAAUAAUAACCUAUCAAUAAUUUGAGUGGUGGAUUAACUGGACAAGGGGGAGAUGAGAGAAUAUAAGACAGUUCAUCUAGUCAUACUGGUACUAAAGGUGUUACUAAUAUGGGAUCUUAAUAAGUGAAUAUCCAAUAGCAAGUAACUAAGAGUCAUGGAAAGACAAGCAAUCCUCUACCUGAAUAAUAAUAGAAAUAGUAUGAAUAAAAAUAGGAUGAAUAGGAUGUUAAGGAGGAAGAAUACAUGAAGUAAUAUGUCUAAAAAACCAAUUCUCAAAUUAGUGAACAAGAAUAGAUCAUUUAUUAGAGUCAAUAAGUGCAAACCAGUUUGAAAUAUGUGGAAAGAAUUCUUAACCAGAAUCUCUAUCAUAAAAUAAUAUAUUCAAUAUAGAAACUAUCCAGAAGUCAAGUUUGA